GACCAUGUUUCCCAUCUCUGAUUGCGGUGGAAACAUUUCGCAUGUUCUCGUCAAGUACUACCCUGAAGCCCUUCAAACCCUACCUAUGGAAGCCUGUGCAAUGGCUACCAGCACCGACAUGUGUAUGCCUGCUCCAGUGAAGUUUCCAAUCAAGAGAAACAAGCACUGGAUGCUGACUUCGCAGGACAAUGGGCGUGCAAGAACAAAUCGCGCCAUCGGUUUGGAUCUCCAAACAGAAGUGGAAGACAUGAAAAGGAUGAAUGAGCAUGGACCGUAUCAGCAGCCUCAAGCGCCUGGUCGACCCUCACAUACUUUCCGUGCCGAGAGCGUUGCAACCACCGAAGCCGAAGCAGAGAUCGAAGAAGAUGUCGCGAUGGGUGCAUACGAUACCAAGUCACGAUCUCUGAGCGAAUCGCCACGUUGUCGGCGAAAUUCACUGGAUGCAACUCUGUACAAGAACAUCUCCCACCUAUGGUCCUUUGUCAUGGUCUUUUGCUGUUACUUUGCUGCAUUGCCAUUGGCGGCGAAGAAGGCCUAUUCUAAUAACACACUUGAGCACAAGCUCAGAGGGCGCAACUGUAUGAUCAGCUCCGAUUUUUCAAAAUCGUUCAAAAUGAGUGGAAAGGAAAGGAGGGUAAUGGACUCCUGGAUUCAUCUCGACUGAAUCUUGGAUCAAUGUAAUCGUUUUUCAUGUUUUCGAUGUUUAUAGUUUUCUUCAAUAAAUGUGAAUUUGCAGUUCAAGAAAGCCUGAGUCAGAUCGCCAUGUUGUUGCAGGCCUGAUUAAGCUUGCCAAUGGAAGAAAGAAGCAAUUCAAAUUCUGUCUCAUCCAGCUCCAUCACGACUUCCUCUAAUUGCCCGGCUCCAUCGCUAAGGAAUAAAAUGACCUGAAGAUGAGGGAUCCGCAAUCCAGAAAAGCAGUUGCUUUCAAGGGAAAGGUUUAAUCUCCAGUCAAAGUCAACCAAGUAUUUUCCUGUAAAGCGAAGUCUUCAGCAGGACCUGGGGUUUUACUUUCGAACAAAGGAGGUGCCUGAAAGCUGACUUGAUUGCAAAAUGCAAGCUUUUCUGAAACAUCGAGAUAAACGACAAAUUCAAAAAACAUCUACAUUCAAACCUUAGCUCAGGAAGCCUCUUGCUAAAAGCAGACGAUGCUGCCUGAGCCCGAGAAUCUUGUACGCCUGCAUCUUUCAACUGAAAUAACAUCAACUUAAAUCAUGAAAGACGUACGGUUACCAGAGCGACAAUUUCUUUUUCCGGAUUGCCGGUUUGCAUCGCCCUCCGAACGAACAUGCCGUACGCCUCUACAGCUGCAAGUUCUCCAUUAACAGCAACUUCAUCUCUCCUGCUCGUGUUUUGGCAGAAAAGAUCAAUAGCACUGUUCAUCAAAAUUUCAUGAUGAUUCCCACUGGCAUCCGAAAGAGAAAGCACGUCUUGAAUCAUGACAGUAUGUCAGAACGUGUCGAACAGGUCCGGAUCUGAGCUUUCCAUCCAAUAUUUCCUCAGUCCUAAACCAAAAUGUCGAAUUUCUUUCGACCUCCAUCAUUCAACGGUCUCAAGGUGUAUACCUGCGUUCGUUUCUACACUGUUUAUCCCCAUUCCAACUUCUCUUCUCCUUCCCAUGCCUCUACCCAUGCUUCUGUCCC